GUUUUGUUUAUGUACUGUUAAACUAAAAUUUGCGUUACUUUUAUGUCGUAUGAACCUAUUUUUUGUCCAUCAAUUUUAAAAUACCUUGCAUUUAACAGAAAUUACUGCAUAGUAAGGUUCAAGAGAUGGCGCCAAAAGCUGCGAAGUUUUCAGACGGUGAAAGAGUCUUGUGUUUUCACGGGCCUCUUAUGUACGAAGCCAAAUGUAUCAAGGCAGAAGUCCGUGAGAAUGGAAAGGCGUAUUUUUAUCUUAUUCAUUACAAUGGUUGGAAUAAGCAUUGGGACGAGUGGGUUCCAGAAGCAAGAGUGCUAAAGUUUAACGACGCAAAUCUCACAAAGCAGAAGGAUCUAUUGAAACAGCAUGGUAAAGAUAAAGUAAAACGUGGUAAACUUGGAAAACCGGGAAAAUUGGAAAAAGAUGCACUGGAAAAGUCUAGAAAAUUCGAAAGUUCUCCUGUGUCCACUGUCGAGCCGAAAAAGAAAAAAUCUCGGAUCGAUCCGACAGUGGAACCAGAAGAAGCAUACACUGCUAAAGUGGAGAUAAAUAUCCAAAUUCCUGAUCAAUUGAAACCAAUAUUAGUUGAUGACUGGGACUUGGUGACAAGGCAGAAGCAAAUCUAUCAGGUCCCAGCCACGGUAACAGUUGAAGACAUCCUUGCCAGUUUUGUUGAGAAAAACACUGAUAGUGAAAACUCUGAAAGGAACAGCGCACUUAAAGAACUAAAACUUGGAAUAACUGAAUAUUUCAACGCAAUGUUGGGUUCACAAUUACUUUACAAGUUUGAAAGGCCACAAUAUAAUGAGUUGCUUGCAAAUUUUCCAGACAAGACAGUGUGCCAGUUGUUUGGUAUUCCUCACCUUUUGCGAUUUUUUGUUCGUAUUGGUUCUAUGUUGUCUUAUACGAAUCUGAGUGAGAAAAAUGUUGCUGUUUUGGUCGGUUACAUGAAUGAGUUUCUGACAUAUGUGCAAGAAAAUAUCACAACAUUUUUUACUGUUUCCGAUUACGUUGAUGCCCCUGCUGAAUAUUUUGCUAAAGCUUCCAAUUGAUUUGUGAUAAUAUGCUAUUUUGUUGUGCUGACUGUUUUGUGAUUGAUCUUCUGAAUAUCUGUCAAUCAUAUAUUGUAUCAUGUUUGUAUAGUUUUCUUACUGCAUUCAUGCUGCUUUCGUUUUACAUUCUCUUUUUUUUGUAUAGA